AUUGAGUUCAACGGUUUACCCCAGAGGAAGAACGAAAGCAAGAAGGAAACAACAAGAAAGAGCAGGAAGAUACCGAAGAGAAAGCCUGAAAGUCUAGUUGAAAGUCUGUAUACUGUACAAUAUUUAGAGCUGUUUCCUUCGUUUGUAAGCUCCCAUCAUGGCCUCCCAGCAGCAGCAGCCGCAGGCGGUUACUGCAAACCCCGCAGCGCAUCAGGCAGCUGUACUUCAGCCCCAGCAGCAGCAGCAGCAGCAGCUCAGCCAGCAGCAGGACUUCGACCCGGUCCACAGAUUUAAAAUGCUCAUCCCUCAGUUAAAAGAGAGUUUACAGACCGUCAUGAGCAUCGCUUCACAAAACUUCGCACAAAACACCUCGAUUGAUAACGGAGUAAAAAGUAACGAUGGCACAGUUCAGCGAUUUGACAAGAGUUUAGAAGAGUUCUACGCCCUCUGUGAUCAGCUCGAGCUCUGUUUGCGGCUAGCCCAUGAAUGCCUCUCCCAGAGCAUUGACAGUGCCAAACACUCUCCAAACCUGGUGCCUACAGCUACCAAGCCAGACACAGUGCAGACAGAAUCUCUGUCUUAUUCUCAGUAUCUCAGCAUGAUAAAGUCCCAGAUUUCCUGUGCUAAAGACAUCCAUAAUGCUCUUCUGGAAUGUUCCAAGAAGAUUGCUGGAAAGAAUCAGCAACAAGGGAUUCUGUAAAGGACCUGAGUACCAUCUUUAACAACUUCAUGACAUGGAUUUUCCAGACAAAUGACAUGGUUUUAGGUGGAAUCUGUACAUAGACAUUACACAAAAUAAAGACACUGAAUGUUGCAGUAUGUAAUGCUGGACGUAUUUGGGGAAAUAAAUGUACAUGCUUUUGGUUGACGUUUGAAUAAAGUCUUAUUUUGCAUUGUUA